UGAGGAUGAUUAAAUGACAGAAUUUUCAUUUUUUGCGUGAUCUAUUCCAUUGAAUAGUACUAAUACUGCAUGUCAAUGUAAUGUUAUGUACAACAGUGAGGAUGUAGCGCUCCAGGCGGCGCUAUAGAGGGGUUUUGAUCGGUUAGUAAACAAAGUAGAAGAACUGCACCAUACCAAAGUUCUUCAAGUAACGUUACUUGGACCAUACGCAGGUCAAGGAUAUAAGGAAUACAGCUCUGGCUACUGGGCAUGCGCACAUCAAUCUGACGUUAUUUUUGUCACACUGUACAACAAUAAAACUGCUUUUGUAUUAUAGUUAGGGCUAAGUUUAGGGUUGGGGUGGGUGUAGAUGUUAAAAAAAACACAAUCCAAUAGGUAGAACAAUUCAUUUAAUUGUUAGUUUCCGGUCGGAGCUGUAUCCCUUCUAGCCACAACCCACGAGCCGAGGUCCACUUACAAACCGCUUGCAAAAAUGUUCCCUGUCUUCUGAAACGCACGUCUCCCGCUGCCUAACAAAAUUUGAUAUGUUAAACACACGUUACAGAAGUGCGGUGUUGGCCUUAAAAUGAGAAAAAUAGUCAUAGGAAUUGGUGGGAUGACAAAUGGAGGAAAGACCACUCUGAGUAAAAACCUCCAGAAGCUUAUCAGUAACAGCUGUGUUAUUUCUCAAGACAACUUUUUCAAGGAUGUCUCAGUGGUCUCUGUUGAUGCCAAUGGAUUUAAAGAAUAUGACACUUUGGACGCCCUGCACAUGGACAGGAUGAUGGCAGUCAUUGGUUUGUGGCAGAAGGAUCCUCAGAGGUUCAUGACGUCUCGUGGUUAUCCAGUGACAUUCACAGCAACCGAGCCAUCUGAUGUGUUUGUUCUCAUAGUGGAGGGAUUCCUCAUUUUUAAUCAUGGGCCACUUAAUAGCUUGUUCAACAAGAGAUACUUCCUGCAGAUCCCUUAUGAGACGUGUAAAGAGAGAAGAAGCUCACGAGUAUAUGUGCCUCCGGAUGCACCAGGCUACUUUGAUGGACAUGUCUGGCCCAUGUACUUAAAAUACAGAAAAGAGAUGGAAGAAACUGUAAAUGAUAUAGUGUUUCUGGAUGGCACGCAAAAGAGCGAAACGCUGCUCUCAACAGUUCUUGCAGACGUUCAGGAAAUGCUUAUGGUUUCAGAGAGAUGACUUGUCACAUUUUGAGGACCAACAUUUCCAGCUCUCUCCUUUCCACAAUUAUAUUAUGACUAUAUCGACGAGUUUAUCACAACAUUUAUUAAUGUCUUAUUUCACUUCCUCAUUAAAGUGCAUUUGCCGCAAGACAUGAGACUUUUAUUGGACAAUCUAAAGCGAGUGCAUUAAUAGUACUCAAAAUAAAAACUAACAGAGCAGAGCAUGUUUAUGAGCAAUUUCACUUGAUGUGCGUCACAGUAAAUAUUAGCAAUGACAGACAGAUGAUUUUAAUUAAUUUCUCUGUACAAAUGUAUUCCUGUGUUUUGAAGCAGAAAUAUCCAUGUGACUUAAACAGAUGAGUGGCUAUGUAUAUGUUAUGUAAAAUAUUCAAACAGUAUGUAGAUGCAUGUGUGAAUUGUUUAAUGUAUUAAAUAUAUUUGUUUAUCCCUAUAA